GAGCGGGCCCCUGCCGGGUUCCGAGCUCGGAGUCUCGCUCCGAUCCGCCGCAGCGUGGGCUGCGUGACACGCCGCCGCUCUUUGCGUCCCCCCACUCUGCAGGGCACAAAUCUGCGGUGUUAUUGGGUGAACCAUUCCAAUGGACCCAAUCCAGUGCUUCCUUGCAGGAGUUUGCUUGCAGUCAGGGAGCAGGAGAGAGCCUAUAGCCAUUUAGUGAGACCUCCUUCUCUGAAGAAGGCACCUGCAGACCAGAGGUGAUAGCAUCUGACACCCCCUGCCGUGGGCUUUAGCUGCAUUCUUGGCCAUUAACUGUUGGACCAGAGGAGCUUCUUCUUUUAGGAGUCACAUCCCAACCCCCCACCCUCCACAAGUGGGCUGUAAACACAUCCAUCAAUUCCUGGAACCUCAAAGAGGGACGCUGAAAGAAGCAAGUGGAAGGUUCAGGAGGUUCCACUCAGUUGCGUCCAGGCUCUUGCCUGCCUAGCUGGUGAGAUACUGGACUUUUUACUGCAGUCAAAUGCUGGGCUCAGUGGAUGCAGCGAGUGUCAAGUGAUGCAUAUUGGGGCAACCCCCCAACUUCAAGUAUACACAGAGGGGAUCUGAGCUGUCGGUGACUGACCAGGAGAGGGAUCUUGGGGUUGUGGUGGACAGCUCGUUGGAAGUGUUGACUCAGUGUGCGGCGGCUGUGAAAAAGGCCAAUUCCAUGCUAGGGAUCAUUAGGAAGGGGACUGAAAAUAAAAAUGCUACUAUUAUAAUGCCCUUAUACCAAACUAUGGUGCAGCCACACCUGGAGUACUGCAUACGAUUCUCUGGUCACCAUAUCUAAAGAAGGACAUUGUAGAACUGGAAAAGGUGCAGAAGAGGGGGACCAAGAUGAUCUUGCCUCAUAGGAAGGUGCUCUAGGCCCCUGGCUACAGCGUCUGAGGCUUUUUCAUUUGGAAAAGUGGAGACAUAAUAGAGGUGUAUACGAUUAUGUACUGGGUAGAGCAAGUGGACAGAUAAAAUUUUCUCCCUCUCUCACUUAACACUAGAACCAGGGGUCACCCCAUGAUAUUAAAGGUUGGGCAAUUUAGGACCGACAAGAGGAAGUACUUCUUCACACAGUGCAUGAUUAAUCUAUGGAAUUCUCUGCCACAGGAUGUGGUGAUGGGCACCAGUUUGGAUGGCUUUAAAAGGGGCUCAGUCAAAUUCAUGGAGGGCAGGACUAUCAAUGGCUACUGGUCUGAGACCUCUAGCCUCAGAAGCAAAAUGCCUCUGAAUACCAGUUGCAGGGAAGCAACAGCAGGAGAGAGGGCCUGCCCUCAGCUCUUGCCUAUGGGCGUCUCAGAGGUAUCUGGUGGGCCACUGUGCAAAACAGGAUGCUGGACUAGAUAGAUUGUGGGCCUGAUCCAGCAGGGCUGUUCUUAUGUCCUUAUUUCCUUACGAAGGAACAGGAUUGGAGCCAGGCAAGAGGGCAGAUGACAGGGCAAAGGGAUGCAGGGAGUGCUCCUCUUGAGACAGCUUUUAACAUCUCGCAGGGCAUUUUCCGGACUAUGAGAUUUGUGCCGGUUAAAGUGUUGCUUCUUAGAAGUGGCUUGAAAAUUCUCGGUGCCUUGGCGCAAAGCUGCCAAGGCACCGAGGGGGCAGCCCAGCUAGGGCCGAAAGGUGACCCUUGCACAAGAAAAAGAGUGAUAUUAUGUUUUUUUUAAAAACUGUGGCUUUACAUAUCAACAGAUCCCAUGAACAUGUCUGAAAAAUAAGUCUGAUGAAAAACAAAAGCAAAUGCGAUCAAAAUCAAAAGCUAAGAUGAAAAUCGGGUUGUACCUUUGCGCAAAAACCUGGAUGGAAUUUAUUUUUAAAAAUUUCAUUUCCUGGAAAGAUUAUUUCAUGAAUGGGAUGGAAAGGGGCUAUAAAAACCAACAAAUCAUUGCACUGCUAUUUGAACCGUCCACGCCACACCACGGUGCAACACGUAAAUGACGGGGCAAGCCUCCUACCACGGAAAAUACAGCUACUUUCCUGCAACGCAUGUGCAACGUUAUAGGGCUACAACACAUCAAUAAAAUCCAAAAUGCAUCGGAAAUAUGUAUGGCACGCAGGCAAUAUGGAGGGGCACUAAGUGGACACGUUGUGAAACUGUUGGAGCGUGUAAUCUGGAAAACGCCCAGGAUCCUUAUUCAUUCAUCCCUUUAAAUACGUCUCAGCUGCUUUCCCAGUAGCUGGAAGUGGCUUACGUCAAUAAAGACUUGAAAACAAGGCAGAGCCACAGACAGCCCCAUCAUUACAAUUAAGCAGGUGUCUCAGGUGGUCAGUGUGGAGAGAGGGGCAGGUCUCUUCUUCCUUACCCUUUCAAAGUGAUGUCAAGUGUUUCGGUACGUAGCACAAUUUGCAUGCACAAAUCAACCAAGACCUGCCUUUCUGCUUCUGCCAGCCACACGUCCCAACUCAGAGAAAUGCCAUAAUCCCUCCUGGCAAAACCUGCCCCCUUUUGGCCGGUCCCCAGAGCUUCUUGCCAGCAGCAGAACUUAGCAGAAUUAACUCUCCUCACCAGCACACCCUUUGGAUAGGUCAAGCAAAGGCCAAGCUAAGCUUGCUUCCUCAUGCCAAGGCAGGUGCUUCCUACCUGGAGCUGUGGGGAGGAACUGUCUGUCCUCAGCCUCAGCCAAGAAGGGUGGGGAGGGACUUCGCAGACUACCUGGGCAUAUAAAGGGAUCCAUCCCUGCUGUCCUCACCCUGAGGAAAGCCCUGGAAAUACCAGAGGAAGCUCAAGGCACCCAACCUGACAGCUGUUCAUGGGGAGGAGGGAUCAUGGAGGGAGCCAUCGGAGCUUGCUCAGCGAGGGAGAGGAGACGGAAAUGGAGAUGUUUGGCUACAAAACACACCGCUUCUGGAGAGCCCUGUGCAUUGCUGGGUACAUCAUGUCCUGUGGCGCCCUCCUGCUUGUCUUCUACUGGAAGCCAGCCUGGGGCGUGUGGGCGAAAUGCGUGCCCUGCGACUUGCAAGAGGCAGACGUCGUGCUGCUCAGGACCACAGACGAAUUUCGUGUCUAUUCUCAGAAGAAGGUGACCUGGAUUUCCCUGUCUGCCCUGAGCCAGUUCAGCCCAGAAGGGCCUUCCGUUGCUGGCCACGGCUCCCUCCUGAACAAAGUCAUCAUGAAACCAGAGUUAAGGGUGAGAUGCCUCCAAGUGCAGAACAUCCGCUACGCCUGGGACUUUUGUGCCAAGCGCUUCCAGAAGGUCGGAGUCCUUGAGGACAGCCACAGCUGCGCAGAGAUCCACGCGAGGUUCGGCUCUGGGCUGACCAGCAAAGAGCAAGACGUCAGGAGGGCAAUCUGUGGACCCAACGCCAUCACUGUUGAGGUCCCGCCUGUCUGGAAGCUGCUUGUCAAAGAGGUCCUCAACCCGUUCUACGUCUUCCAGGCCUUCAGUGUCUGCCUGUGGUUUACUGAGGAUUACAUUGAGUACUCUGUGGCCAUCAUUGUCAUGUCCCUCCUUUCGGUUUCUCUCACCGUUUAUGACCUCAGGAAGCAAUCUUUGAGGCUGCAUCGGCUAGUGGAAUCCCAUCAGAGUGUCCUGGUCAAGGUCUGCAGGAAACCCUCAGGUUUCCAAGAGCUGGAGUCGUGCCUUCUGGUGCCUGGGGACACGCUGGUGCUGGAAGGGGGCAGAUCCACCGUGCCCUGCGAUGCCAUCCUGAUCAGCGGCCAGUGCAUCGUGAACGAAGCGAUGCUGACUGGGGAGAGUAUCCCGGUCACCAAGACCAGCUUGCCCUGUGAUGCCGGCAGCGGCAGUGACCCUUGGCCCACCAGCUGUGCGGAGGAUCCCCGCAGGCACCUGCUCUUCUGUGGAACGGAGGUCGUCCAGGCCAAGGGAGGCGGCCGGGGGCCUGCUAAGGCGGUGGUCCUGCGGACUGGUUUCAACACUGCAAAGGGAGACCUGGUGAGAUCCAUCCUCUACCCAAAGCCCAUGAACUUCCGACUGUACAGGGACGCCAUCCGGUUCCUCAUGUGUCUCAUUGGAGUGGCUGCUGUUGGAAUGGUCUAUGCGGUGUGCGUCUUCACGCUCAGUGGGGAGAAAGCUGGAGAGGUGGUGAAGAAGGCCCUCGACGUGAUCACCAUUGCUGUGCCCCCAGCUCUGCCUGCCGCGCUGACCACGGGGAUCAUCUAUACCCAGAGGCGGCUGAAGAGAAAAGGGAUCUUCUGCAUCAGCCCUCAGAGAAUCAACGUGUGUGGCCAGUUAAACGUCAUCUGUUUUGACAAGACUGGCACGCUCACCGAAGAAGGUCUGGAUCUCUGGGGGGUUGUCCUGGCCAGCGGAACAAGCUUUCAGGAUGUCCACAGCUUCUCCUCCGGCUGCCCGCUGCCCUGGGGCCUCGUGUGUGGAGCCAUGGUCAGCUGCCACUCCUUGGUGGUUCUGGAUGGGAAGAUGCAGGGAGACCCCCUGGACCUGAAGAUGUUCGAAGCGACUCACUGGGAAAUAGAGGACUCGGAUGGUCCUGAGAGGAAAGACGGUGAACUGGCAGACGCCGUGAUUGUGAAACCGGGAGCCAAAGCUGGACAGGUUGCCGGGCGAGGAGUGGCCAUCCUGUGCCAAUUUCCGUUUUCUUCAGCCCUGCAGAGGAUGUCCGUCAUUGCCCAGGAGCUCAGCGGGGAGCGGCACGUCUUCAUGAAGGGGGCUCCGGAGAAGGUGGCCGACUUCUGCAGGCCAGAAACAGUGCCCCACAGCUUCUCCCACGAGCUCCAACUCUACGCUUCCCGGGGCUUCCGGGUCAUUGGGCUGGCCCAUAAAGCGCUGCCGGCCGGGACCCGAGUGGCUUCCUUAACGAGGGCAGAGGCAGAGUCCAGCCUGACCUUCUUGGGCUUCCUGAUCAUGGAGAAUCGGCUGAAGAGUGAGACCAGGCCCGUCUUGGAGGAGCUCCGGGCGGCCCGCAUCCGGAGCGUGAUGGUCACAGGUGACAACAUUCAGACGGCGGUGGCAGUGGCCAGGAAGGCUGGCAUGAUGGCCCCGGGUAGCCAAGCGAUCCUGGUGGAGGCUGACACCCAGGCAGGGCCUCCUUCGGCAUCCAUCAGCUGGCACCUCUUGGAGGAGGAGGAGGAGGAGGAGGAGGGGGGCAAGGCGAACGGCGACAGCGGACCAGAGGGGAACUGCACUAACUUUGGAGGAGGAGCAGCAGCAGCAGCUCCAGGUGAUGAUGCUGGACUCGGCCACUUCCACUUCUGCAUGAGCGGAAGGUCGUACGAGGUCAUAACGGAGCACUUCAACCAUUUGCUGCCCAAGCUUCUCCUGAAUGGGACCGUCUUUGCAAGGAUGUCUCCUGCGCAGAAGGCCAGCCUGGUGCAAGAGCUGCAGAGGAUGGACUACUUUGUGGGCAUGUGUGGAGAUGGCGCCAAUGACUGUGGGGCUCUGAAGGUGGCCCACGCCGGGAUCUCUCUGUCCGAGCAGGAGGCCUCCGUGGCUUCCCCCUUCACUUCCAAGACCCCCAACAUCCGAUGCGUCCCGGAGCUGCUCAGGCAAGGCCGUGCUGCCCUCGUCACCUCGUUCUGCAUGUUCAAAUUCAUGGCCCUCUACAGCACCAUCCAAUACGUGGGAGUCCUGCUGCUCUACUGGCAACUCAGCGCCUUUGGGAAUUAUCAGUUUCUGUUCCAAGAUCUGGCUAUUACCACAGUCAUUGGGAUGACAAUGAGCCUGAACGGGGCUUCCCCGAAGCUGGCCCCCUAUAGGCCUCCGGCACAGCUGGUCUCCCCCCCUCUGCUGCUCUCCAUGGUGCUGAACCUCCUCUUCAGCCUGGCCAUGCAGGUCUCCGGCUUUGUCCUGGUGCAGAAACAGCCCUGGUACUCACCUGACAGCAUCUUCAGUGCUUGCUCUCCGGGGAACACAAGUCACACCGCGGAGCCUCUCCCCUCUGCCAGCGCCACCCUGGGAAACGCCACAGCCGGGAAGAACGCGGACAGCGGCUACAAGAGCUAUGAGAACACCAGCGUCUGGCUUCUGAGCACCAUCAAUUGUCUCACCGUGGCCCUCGUCUUCUCCAAGGGGCGGCCGUUCAGGCAACCCGUGUACAAAAACUACCUGUUUGUCCUUGUCCUGGCAGCACAGCUGGGGGUCUGCCUCUUCUUCCUCUUUGCCAACAUUGAUGGUCUCUAUGCCCAGAUGGACGGUGGGAUUUCAUGGACAACCCUUUAACAUGACUGUUCUUCAAGUCUAUGCCCCAACAACUGAUGCAGAAGAAGAGGAAGUUGAUGAGUUUUAUGCUCAAGUUCAGUCUGAAAUUGGCAGAACAUGCAACCAAGAUGAGAUGCUGGUGGUUGGAGACUGGAAUGCCAAAGAGGAGAGCUGGUCUUGUGGUAGCAAGCAUGACUUGUCCCCAUAGCUAAGCAGGGUCUGCCCUGGUUGCAUCUGAAUGGGAGACUUGAUGUGUGAGCACUGGAAGAUCUUCCCCUCCGGGGACGGAGCCGCUCUGGGAAGAGCAGAAAGUUUCAAGUUCCCUCCCUGGCUUCUCCAAGAUAGGGCUGAGGGAGAUUCCUGCCUGCAACCUUGGAGAAGCCGCUGCCAGUCUGUGAAGACAAUACUGAGCUAGAUAGACCAAUGGUCUGACUCAGUAUAUGGCAGUUUCCUAUGUUCCUAUGUUCCUAAAGUUGGAAAUGGUAAGGAGGAAAACACAGUCAGACUGAAAGGCCUAGGAAACAGAAACAAAGCGGGAGAAUGACUUAUUAGUUUUUGCCAAGCUAAUGAUCUCUUUAUUGCUAACACAUUCUUCAAACAACCAAAGUGGCUCCUGUACACAUAGACAUUACCAGAUGGAGUACACAGAAAUCAAAUUGAUUACAUUAUUGGUAAAGAGGCGGAAGAGCUCAGUUAUAACAGCAAAGACAUGGCUGGGGGCCAAUUGUGGAACCGAUCAUGAAUUGUUCAUGUGCAAGUUCCAAGUCAAGCUAAAGUGGAAAAACAAAGCUAUCCAUUUUCCAUGAUAUGAUCUUGAGAAUGUACCCACCAUUUUCAAGGAGAACAUUAGGUACCGCUUUGAAGUUCUGAACUUCAUUGAUAGGGAACCAGAGGAACUGUGGAAUGAAAUCAAAGAAGUUGUUACGGAGGAAUGUGAAAAGAGACUGCCAAAGACCAAGAAACAGAAGAAAGCAAAAUGGAUGUCAGAACGGACGGUGGAGAUUGCUCAGAAGAGGAGAGAAGCCAAAGUCAAGAAAGAAGAAGACUAAAUUAAUGACAACAGGUACAGCAAUCAGCCUCAGAAUUGACAAUGAAGACAUUGAAGUGGUGGGUAGCUUCUGCCUUUUAGGAUCGACCAUCAACAGCAGUCAAGAAAUACGCCGCAGACUAGCACUUGGUAGGGUUGCAAUGAAGGCCUUGGAAAGGAUAGUUAGAUGCUGUGAUGUGUCUACACGUACAAAGAUUAGAAUUGUCCGGACAAUGGUUUUCCCCAUGACACUCUAUGGAUGCAUAAGAACAUAGGAACAGCCCUGCUGGAUCAGGCCCAAGAAUGCCCAUCUAGUCCAGCAUCCUGUUUCGCACAGUGGCCCACCAGAUGCCGCUGGGAAACCCACAGGCAGGAGUUGAAGGCAUGCCCUCUCUCCUGCCAUUACUCCCCUGCAACUGGUCCAAAAACUGGACUUUGAAGAAGCAAGAUAGAAAAAACAUUGACGCUUUUGAACUUUGGUGCUGGAGAAUAAUGGUGUGCAUGAAACUGGCUGGCCCGGUUCAGUUCGAAUCCAGACCAGACUCGAACCAGACCGGCCAAGUCUGGUCUAGCCCCCAUCAAACCCCACCCGGUCUGGUCUGGGUCCAGACAUGUUCGCAAAUUUUUAUUUUUUAAUAAAUAAAUUUAAAAUGAAUUUAAAGUACCUUAAGCCCCUUUGGGGGGCUUCCUGUAUGCUGCCGGGGGGUCCACGAGGGUUCCCCUCUCCCCCGCCAGGCUCUGAGGUCACUGCCACGGCCCGGGAAAUUUCUCAUUUUUGGCCCGUUCGAGCCUCUGUAGUGCGCUGCCGCAGCCAUUUUAGCCACCGUUAUGAAUGCGUAAAUGACCCCUGUGAGCUCUGGCAGGACCCAGGGCCUCGCAGAGGUCAUUUGCACAUGCAAAUAUAAAAACAAAUCUGGUUUUUAAAAAAUUAAAUUAAAACACUAGCAUAAAAAACAGUACAAAAUACAAGAAGCAGCAGUGGAGACAAUCAUAUAAAAGCCUGGGUAAAAAGCCAUGAUUUGACAUACUUUCUAAAAACUGUGAUGGAGACUGAGAAGCGGACACCCACCGGGAGAGCAUUCCAGAGUCUGGGGGCAGCAACAGAGAAGGCCCUGUCCCGAGUGCACAACAACCUUACUUCCCUCAUUAUCAGCACCCGGAGCAGAGCCCCCUCAGAUGACCUCAUCAAGCGGGCAGCAACCCUUGGGAGCAGGCAGUCCCUCAGGUAUCCCGGGCCCAAACCGUUAAGGGCUUUAAAGGUCAAAACCAGAAUUGGACCCGGGAACAAACUGGCAGCCAGUGCAACUUUUUCAAAAUGGGUGUGAUGUGCUCCCACUGGGCAGCUCCAGGUAGAACCCUCGCUGCCGCGUUUUGCACUAGCUGCAGUUUCCGGAUAUUCUUCAAGGGCAGCCCCACGUAGAGCACGUUACAGUAAUCCAGCUGCGAUGUGACUAAGGCAUGGGUAACUGGCCAGAUCUGUCUUCUCGAGAAAGGGACGCAGCUGGCGCACCAGCCGAAGCCGUGCAAAGGCACCCCUGGCCACCGCCUCCACCUGAGCCUCCAAAAGCAGAGCCAGGUCCAGUAAUACCCCCAAGCUGCGUACUUGCUCCUUCAAGGGGAGUGCAACCCCAUCCAGAACCGGUAAAAUCUCCUCAUCCCGAUUGGCUCUCCUACUGACCAACAGUACCUCUGUCUUGUCCGGAUUCAAUUUCAGUUUAUUAGCCCACAUCCAACCCAUCACGGCCUCCAGCCCCCGAUUCAGGACAUCCACCGCCUCCCUAGGAUCAGGUGACAAGGAGAGAGAGAGCUGAGUGUCAUCCGCAUAUUGCUGACAACUCAGUACAAGACCCCGGAUGACCUCUCCCAGCGGUUUCAUGUAGAUGUUAAACAGCAUGGGGGACAAGACCGACCCCACAGGCCAAUGGCCACGGAUCCGAGCAGUAGUCCCCCAGCACCACCUUCUGGACCCUCCCCCCAAGAAAGGACCAGAACCACCGCAACGCAGUCCCUCCAAUUCCCAUAUUCAAGAGGCGGCCCAGAAGGAUACCAUGGUUGAUGGUAUCCAACGCCGCUGAGAGGUCCAGCCGAACCAACAGGGACGCACUCCCCCCCGUCUAGUUCCCGGUGUAGGUCAUCCACUAGAGCGACCAAGGCAGUCUCAGUCCCAUAUCCGGGGCAGAAGCCAGAUUGAAAAGGGUCCAGAUAAUCUGUAUCGUCCAAGACCCUCUGCAGAUGGGACGCCACCACACGCUCUAUCACCUUGCCCAAAAAAGUUGCGGUUGCCACCAGUUUGGUUGGUAGUGCCUUGGAAGUGGGCCUUUUCUAGGGUUGCCCCGGGAGUUUGGAAUGUGCUUCCUAACAAAAUUAGAGUUUCCCCUGCCCUGGAUGUUUUAAAGAAGGACCUAAGACAUACCUGUUUAGUCAGGCUUUCAGUUUAUAGUUUUAAAGUUUUUGAGCUUUUAUCUGUAUUUUAAACUGUUUUAAUUGUGUUAAUGUUUUAAUUGUUGUGUAUUUAGUUUGUGACCUGCCCAGGGACUUGUGUAUUGGGCAGUAUAAAAAUGUGUUAAAUAAAUACAAAAAAAGAAAAAACCAAGCUAGCUUUUAACCACAGAUUUAUCUGUGCUUCCAUGUUUGAACUGCAUUGCUCUUAAAAUGUUCCAUUCCUUCUGAUUUACAUAGCACUUCUUUUAUUCGUGGUGCUUCACUGCCUUUUCUUUAUACCCUCCUGCAACAGCCCUGUGAGGCAAGCCAUUUUCUAGAUAUGAAAGAUUGAGAGAGGAUGGUUUUCCUACAUCUGCCUAGUCAAGUCUCUGCUGGAGCUGGGAUUUGGAGAUACUCCACUGUUCCACUUCAGCAGCAAGUCUGGGGAGGCAGAAGCCCGAUUCAGACAUUACGUUGUACAUAUUUCCAGGUGUCUAUACACACAUAGUUGUUUUGUGUGAACAACUGUAAAUGCCAUCAUCCUUUAAAGUGAACCUGGAGCCCCCUCCAAUGCAGGGUACAGAUACAAAGUGUA